AAAAAAAAAUUAAUGUCUAUCAAACUACAAAAAAAAAAUAAUAAUAAUAAUAAUUUGAAUUUCCGAUAAAUAAAUUUUUUUUUUUUUUAUUCGGAUAAUCACAAAAAAAAAAGAAAAAUUAGAUUCAAAAAAAUGAGAGGUGAAAAGAAAUUUCUUUUUAAAAGGAGAAUGAAAUUGUUUGUCGUCAGUAGUAUAGUUUUACUCGGAUUAUCUGUAAUCCUUUGGUUUUUCGCAUCUACCGAAAUUAUGAUCAUUGAUGUUCCUGUGGAAGAAACUAAGCAAGGUUCUUUAAAAGAAUCUAAAAUUCCUUUAAAAGAUACGAUUAACGAUAGACCAAAAAAAUUACCUAAUAAUCAUGAUUCAAAUUCAACACCUUCGUUACCAAAUGGUCAAUCAAAUUCAAAUUUAAAUCCACAACCUGAAAUAAAUUCACAAAAUUCAAAUUCAAUCCCCUCAGAAUCACCAGAAAAGAUAGCAGAGUCAACUCCUUCAAAUUCUCAGUUUGAAGAAUCACAACCUGAAACGACAAAACCAAUAAAAAUAAAAAAUUACAAGACAUUCAAUUUGGUUCUUCGCAAUGAAACAAAAUCACCUGAUGGAUUCAUUCGUAAUAUAUAUACAAUAAAUAAUCAAUUUCCGGGUCCAGAAAUAAUUGUUGAUAAAGGAGAUACGGUUAGAAUUAAUAUAACAAACUAUAUUGGUCGUUCUACAACAAUUCAUGUUCAUGGAAUGAUUCAUAAGGAAACGGUUUACAUGGAUGGAGUUCCUUAUGUCACUCAAUGUCCGAUUCAAAAUGGAAGCAGUUUUAUUUAUGAAUUCGAAGCUACACAUCCUGGAACCUAUUGGUACUAUUCACAUUAUGAAACACAACGUGCGGAUGGACUAUAUGGUUCAUUGAUCGUGAAAGAUCCGGAUGAAUCUCGAUAUUAUAAUUAUGAUGACGAAAAAACAAUUUUUCUAUCAGACUGGUAUCAUGAUGAAUCUUCGAUUCUAUUAAAGAAUUAUCGAUAUAAUAAUAACACAUCAAUUUUCGAGCCAAUUCCUAAUAGUGGGUUAAUAAAUGGUAAAGGAAUUUUUAAUUGUAUGGACGACCCAAUAAAGAAAGAAAAUUGUAACUUUGAAUCAUUAAGUGUUGAAGAAUUUUAUAUUGAACCUAACAAAAAAAAUCGUCUUCGAAUAAUAAAUACGAGUGCCAUGACAUCAUUUUUUCUUUCAAUUGAUGAACAUAUGCUUCAAGUAAUAGAAGUUGAUGGUGUACCUACAACCCCCUCAAGUAAAUUCCAUCGCUUACCAAUUCACGUAGGACAACGAUAUUCAAUAAUCCCAAUUCGUCUCCCUCAAUACACAUCAACUUUAAAUUUUUAUCUACGCGCUGAAUUCGCAAAGAAAUCAUUUCGUUCCACAUCACCUUAUUCUACGUCAAAUUUAUUUCCGACAGAACUUAGAGCAAUAAUUCGAUAUAGUAAAAAAGAAAAUGAUAAAUCAUUACCUUCGACAUUAUCUUGGACGUUACAACAAUCUUCUUUGAUGUUUCCUUUAAUUGAUUUAAAUCCUCUUGAUUUAAAAUCAUACUCUCAAGAAAUUUUACCAGAAAAUACGACUUAUUAUGAAUUUGAUUUUAUUAUUGAAAAAAUUAAUGAACAAAAAACUUUGAAUUUUAAUCAUAAAGGUUUUAAUGAUGAUAUCGAACUUUUUUAUGGAUCAAUUAAUAGUGUACAUAGGGGCGUAUCUAUUUAUAAUCCAGACAAGAGAACAAAUACUUUGAAAUUAUUAUUGGAAGGAAAAAUAAAAUUUUUUCCAUUUUAUUUGAAUAUUUAUGUAUUCAAAAGAAAAUUAACUAUUGAUUUAUUAUUGAAAAAUAAUGAUGAUCUCGAUCAAGUUUUUUAUUUGCAUGGUCAUAAAUUUUGGGUAUUAGGACAAGGGACAAAUUCAACGCCCAUACAUUCAGAUUUAAACUAUUUCAAUCCGAUCAAAAGAGAUACAGUGACUGUUCCAUCAUCAGGAUGGACGCUUAUAAAAUUUACUCUUGAUAAUCCUGGGAUAUGGACAUUUAGUAAUCCUAUAGUGUGGCAUCAAAAUAUUGGUAUGAUAGGUCAAAUAAUCGAAUUACCUAAAAAACUCAAAAACUUUUCGAUCCCUCCAAUAGAAUGGUGUAAAUUAUGUAAUGAUAAAAGUGAUAAAAAUAAUUUUAAAGUAUGUCAAAGGAAUG